GCAGCCAGGAGACCCCCGAGCCGGAGCGCUCGUGGAAAUCAGAAGACUGGGCGCCCUGGAGACCGGCGUGUGACGUCACGUGCCAGGCUCGGGAGCGCAGACGCGCGCUGCCCGGCUCCGGCUUCGGCUCGCCAGGGUUAUCUGACAGAGUGCCAGCGAUCGCGGGCUUGGUGGGGCCGAGCCCGAGCACGCUCCCCUAUAAAAGGCGCACCCGCCGAGCGGCUCCUCAGACGCGUGCUGUGCGCGGGGCGGGCGCUUCGCUGAGCUCUGCAGACCCGCGGCGCGAUGACAGAGCCGGAGCACGCCGGCGACUGAGGCACCGACAAGCGGAGAACGAAGUCGCGCCUCUUCCGAAGACCUUGGCGAGACCGCCUUCCUUCCGGCCAUGGACGCGAGAGGAGGAGCGCUGCCUCCCCGGGAAGCCGACGGACACAGGGUAGAGUAGCCGGCCGGCGAGGCGCUCCGCCGCGGCUCGCUCGGUGUGGAAGGACGGUCCGCUCCAGAAGACAUGCUGUGCACCCCCGUGAGCUCCGGCAGCUGAAGCGCCUCAACUUCGCGAGAAGAUGCGCCUUGGCCAUUGGUGCGCCGUGCUGCUCCUGCAGGGGGCCACCUACCUGGUGGCACUUGCACAAGUCGAGCCUUUGGACAGCAGAGCUGCCAAGACGGUGGGCGUCCUCAGCGAAGCCCUCGACCGCUGGACUCGCAGUAAAGCGGCCAACGACUCUGCCCUCGAGCUACCCUAUCACCCGCCUGUGCCAUUCUCCAAGCAGGAGUUCUGGGAGAUGCUGGGAAACGACCCGCGGGUGGACUCCAUUUCCAGAGUCAAACGAAGGCCCAUCGUCAAGACGGGCAAAUUCAAGAAGAUGUUCGGUUGGGGCGACUUCUACUCCAACAUCAAGACGGUGCGUCUCAACUUGCUGAUCACCGGGAAGAUCGUGGACCACGGCAACGGCACCUUCAGCGUCUAUUUCCGGCACAACUCCACGGGCCAGGGGAACAUCUCCGUCAGCCUGGUGCCCCCCGUCAAGGCGGUGGAGUUUGACCUCGAGCGGCAAAGCGUCAUUUACCCCAAGGACUCAAAGAUCUUCAACUGCCGCGUGGAAUACGAGAAGGUGGACCGCAACAAGAAGACCUCACUGUGCAACUACGACCCGUCCAAGACCUGCUUCCAGGAGCACAUCCAGAGCCACGUCUCCUGGGUCUGCUCCAAGCCCUUCAAGGUCAUCUGCAUCUACAUCUCCUUCUACAGCACCGACUACCGCAUGGUGCAGAAGGUCUGCCCCGACUACAACUACCACAACGAGAUGCCCUACCUGCCCGCGGGGUAGGCCUGGGCCGAGGCGACCGCCCCACCCCUGGAUCCCAGCAGAGCCUCCAUCAGCAGCCCAGGUGGGACGCAAGCAUCUCUCGCAGUGACAUUAGCGCCCCCUGCAGGUCCCCUCAUUGGGCAGCAAUCCAAGGAAAUUCACACAAACACCACGAGAGCAGGGGCGCCACAAAGACAAUGGAGGAGAAAUGCCGCCCCCCAUGUCCCCCAGCCUCAGAGGGCCCGGUAAGGAUGAAUGAGAAAGGGGCAGAGCGAGUGUGAUGGUCCUGCCCGGCUCCCCCGCUGCCCCCCUCCCAGACAUGCAGGCAGGCCUCGGCCACUGAGCAACAUUCUGUUUGGCAGCAUUAGCAUCUCAUUUGCAUGUAUUAGCAUAUUGUUUGCAUGCUGCCAGCAGCCCUUUGAAAGCAGAGGGCAGCAGAGGCGCUCGGACCGUUUGUCACGGCACGCGUGCAGCGGCAGCCGUUUGAAGCGAGUGGCCAGCCUCUGCGGUGACGUCCCCACGGAGCCUCCACUGACCAGUGAGGGGCAUGAGGUGGGCACCUGCUGGACACCUGGAUGUUGGCUCUGCCUCUUCUCAUAGGGUGGGUACCUGGGAUCUCAGUGAUCAGGUCGACUGUGGCUGUGUGUAAUAAAGGACAGUGAGUGACAUGUGG